AUGGAGGAUUCAUAUUUCUUCAAAUUUAGAUUUCACAUCAAAAAAAAAAAAACUUAUGAUCAUAAAGAUAAAAAGCUAUAGUAAUAAUAAAUAGAAAAACAAACAGAAAAAAUUAAAUUAAAAGACUUACUAAGAAUAUAAUAAUUAUAAUAAGCUCAAUCAUAAUUUGACAAGAUCAAUUGUCUUUAUACUUCAAUAUUUAAAAUGAUAUCAGUCAAAAAGAGGGAAGAUACAUACCUCUAAUCUAACAUUUAAAGUGAAAAUGACAUCAGCUCUUCUACUAAUUAGUUUAUUGAGAAGCUGUUAGUUGAUAAAGAGGUUUCUUAGUCUCUUGCUAAGCACUCAAUUUCUUAAGUAAAUUAAUAACAAUAAGGCUAGAAAAUUUUAUAAGAAAGCUAAUCUUUUGAGUAGUAAAGAUAAAUUGAAGAUAACUAGAGCAACUCAGAGUCUCCAAUCAGAAAUAACUUAUCAAACGAAGACUACUAUACAAGAUAAAAUGCAUGUUCUGUAUCAAAUGAACAAAUGCAAUAAGAAGAGUUUUUAAAUCUUAAAAGCAAAUAAGAAAAGAGUUCUUUUAGUGAGAAAUUAGAGCUAUGCAAGGAGAGUUAUGCUUUACGAAAUUCUUCUCCUUUUAGUUACUCUGAUUAAAUGCAUUAUUCUAGAAAAUCAACGGCAUUGAGUCUUUACUCAAACCAAAGCGACUCAUCAAAGGCUGUCAAUAAUAGCAGUAAUACCUAAGAAAAUGAGAAGAGUUCAAGUAAUUCAUAACAAGACGAUUCUUUAAAUAAACUAAAAAAGAAUCUAUUUGCUAAUUCUACUAAUUGCCAAAAACAAAAUUCAGAAAUAGGAAACGAUAAUGAAAGAGUACAGUCACCCUAAUAAAAAAAUUCAUUUGAUGACUAUGUUUAGACUUCACCUUCAAACUCAAGCUCAAUUAAGAAUUCUAAGGAGAAAAUAAUUUUAAUAUAAAAACCUUCUUCGUUUUUAUCUUCAAAGGAAAAUACUAAUUAAAAAUCUAAUACAAGUAAUAUAUUUUAAAUUAAUUAAUCUACUUCAGGAGUGUCUCAAACUAAUUCCAAAGAUGAAAGUGAAAAUUCAAAUGAAAAUGAAAUGAAUUGUUGUUACUAACUAAACUCUACUGCUCGUGGUGAAUAACUGUUCUAAAAUUUCCAAAAAAAUUUUAAUUCUACUUUGGCAAACAAAAACAGCAACUAAUAAAUUUAAUAUGAAGAAGAUUAAAGUUUUGAUAAACCUAAAGAUAUUUAAGAACAAACAAUUAACAAUUAAGAUAGUAACAAAUAAUCUCUAGAAUAUGAUAGUGAUCGCGUUUAUAUGGCAUUCACUCUUUUGAUGCACAGUAAAAGCUUUGCGUCGCAAAUUUAGUAAUAAAAUCCUCUAUAAAAUGAGCAAGGAAUUAAUUUUACUACAGAAAAAAUAAUAGAAGAAUUAAAUUAAUUGGAUUUCUCUAAGCUGGAAGAUGGCUCUUUAAAGCAGGAUAUCUUUAAUGAGCUUUGCAAAAAGCAAUCAAAAUAAUCAUCUGAAAAUGAGAUUAGCCAUGAAUAGACAGAAGAUAGAUAAGAUGAGGAAUAUACCAGCUUUGAUUAAGAAGAAUAGCAAGAUAGCUUAGAUCAAGAUAUUGCUGGAGGAGAAUAAAUUUUAUCAUUUGAGAAAAACAAUGAAAAAGAAGUAGAUAAUUAAAAGCUAAAUCUUGUCUUAAGCCUUAAUUCUAAUGAUUUUUCAUCAAUGAAAGCAAAUAUAGAGUUUUAAGAAAAAAGCCCAGAAAAAGAAGACAAUUUAAACUAGAAACUUUUUUAUUCAAAUAAUAAAAAAUAUUAAUAAGCAUAAGAGUGUAAAGAUGCAUAGGAUAAACUUAAAAUAAGUCUCGAAAAUUUAAUUCAGUCUUGCUAAGACAAGCAAAAAGAAGAUUUGAAAUAAAAAAUAAAUUCAGAGUAAUCGAAUAAGAAGGGAUUUUAAUUAUCAGCCAGUCAUCUCAAUUCAAAAAGAGGUAUUCAGAUAAGAGAAACAAUCAGUCUCAAUAAAUCUCUCUUAAUUUAGCUUAAGUAAUCUGAUUCUUUGAUUAAUAAUAAUAAUCAAAUAGCAAGUGAUAAAAAGUAGAGUAAAUUUUCUUCUACUUAAAUACUUUAAAAUUAGAACCAAAAUGCAGUAACUCUCAAAGAUUCUCAAGACACUCUUCCUUAAUAAAAUAAAUUUUAAGAUGCGUUUAUUUACUCCACUCCUGAUAAAUCAAAGAAGUAGCUCUUUUAAUAGACCAAAAAUAACAUUAAAAAGAGAAAAAUAAGUGAUAUUUGCAAAUAUAAAAAAAUAUCACCUAAUAACAAUUGCGCAGUAGAAGUUUUAACAAACUAAUCAAAUCCUUGGGCUUAUAAAGACUAAACCGCUUUACAGGUAAAAUAUAAAGCUAUAUCUUCAAAUCACAAGCAGUAAAUUUAAGUGAUCGACUUAAGGGCGCUUCGCUUGGAAGAAGAAGAAAAGUACGAUGAAAGUGAAGAAGAAAUAGAAGAAUUAAAUAAGCAAAUAAAAGUGAACAAUUAAAUUUAAUGGAAUGAGCACAUUAUAUCUGAAAUUGAAAUUUAGAAUUCAAGCAUAAUCAAAGACAAAGCAGUCUCUAAAAUUCCAAUCUAGUGUCUAAGAAAAGUAGACUCAAAGUAAGAAGAAUAAGUGAAAGCUUAAUAAGAAUAAAAAUCUAAUUCAAAAUAAUAUGAAUGCUUGAUUGAUAACGCAAAUAGCUUAUCUAACCCUAAUAUAUAGUGUGAUAAAUAAAGAUAAUUUAUUAUCAAAUUUGGGGAUUAAAUAAUAAUCAAUAAUAUUCAAAACACCUAAACAGAUCUUAUUCAAAAAAAAAAAAAAUUUUUUAAAUAAAUCAAUAAAUCAUAAUAGUAAUUAAAUAUGUAAGAAUAGGAUAGCUAACUUAAAAAUAUAAUAUGUUUAAGUCAAAUAUUAGGUUUAAGCAGUAGCGUAGAAGCACAAUAAAAAAAUUAGUCUGAUGAGCAAAUUUUGGAAGAAUCACCUUUAGGAUCUCCAUAAAGUAUAAUUAGUGAUAUAAAGAAUAAAGAAAAUAAUUAAAUUUAAACAAACGAAGAUAAUAUUAUGCAGUCUAUUUAGCUGAUAAAUCAAAUUGCAUCGUUUAAUCAUAAUGUAAUCGCAAGUUUGUAGCCUGAAAAAUCAAGUUAGUAGUCGAGUGUUAUUUCGAAACUGGAUUAGGAAAAUGCCUAAAAUGAAUUAGAUGAAGUACUUAGUAAUUUAAAAGUUAACAACUAAUGUUUAUAAUAAAACAAGCAAUCAUUAGAAGAAUAUUUAAAUUAAUUAAUUUCAGAAUAAAGUUUUGAUUAAGGAAAAAUAAUCAACAAUAACAACAACAAUAAUAACAGUAAUACGAAUAAUUUAAAAGAUAAAAAAUAAAUUAUAAUCAAUAGUUCGCAAAUAAAUAAUAAAAAGGAAAAGUAAAAUUCACCUUCAAUACAACAAAAUUCUAUUGCUAAGGAAUUUAAAUCAAAGGAAAAAUUUGAUAAACUUAAUUUAAGACACAGAUCAAAAAGAAUUAUGGAAAGAAAGUAAAAGCAGUCCUUGCAACAGCAACUUCUUGAAGACCGUUAGUAACUACCAUCAUCAUCGAGAGACUGUGACUAAAUUUUUGAGAAUUAACUUUAAAACGAAGAAUGUUCAUAAUAAGAAGGACAUGCUGAAGAUAAAUAACAUUCAAGCGAACUGAGUGAAUAAUCUUAUUCACAACAACAAAUGCAAAAUAAUUUAAUUAAUACAAAAAUUAAAAAUAAAAUUGAAAAAAAUUAAAAAAAAGUGAAAAACUCAAAAAUAAUUUAUGGAGGGCCUGCUCCCUCUCCUAAAACUACGCAUUUGGCAGAAAUUAUUAUGCCAGAAAAAUAUGAGCAGUACCUUGCUCAAGUUGGUGGCAUAUCAAGAAGUGGCACAAUGUGCUCGCAAACUACACAGCCAUUGUAUCCUGCUGUCCUUUCCAAACAAAAUUCUAACUAAAGUUCCUUUUCUGUGAACGAAGAAGAUUUAUAAUAAAAAUAAUUCGAUUAAUAAUAGUUACAACAGCAAUAAUAAUAUUAAAUUCAAUCAAAGGCUUAGAAAAAAGCAGCUUUGAAAAAGAAGAAUAAACUAACUUAAAAUAUUGAAUAAGUUUUCUAUGAUGACGAUGAUGAAAGUGCAAUUUAAACCAAAUAAAAAAGAAAAUCAAGUAAAAAUACAGACGAAAAUCAUGAUGAUUAAAUCGAUGACGAAAGCAGCGCUGGCUCUGCUGAAUAAUUUGCAAAAUGCUCUGAUGGCAGUCAGUCUAAGAGCAAGUUUGAUACAAAAAAUCUUGUUAAAAACUUUUUAAAUUAAUUUUUGACUUUUGUCUAAUCAGAAGAAGAGGAGUAACAAAUUAUGGAGUUGUUAGGCAUAAAUGAUGCCUCUGAGCUUAAUGAAUAUAAAAAUAUUCUCAAGUAAUUCUUUAAAAACAAAAAGUUUAACAGAGCUCUCCUAAAAGAGUUUGUUUUCAUUGUUGGAUACAGGAAGUUGUUCUUGCAUUUUCUCCAAAACAAAGCGCAUAAUUGGAUCAUGCAAGGCAGAAUGAAAGAUAAAGCAUCUCACUUGAGAGCACUAUAGAAUUUUAUCUACAUCUGUUAAAAUUUCACAGAAAUCAAAUCAUGGAGAUUCAGAUACAACUUCGUCUGA